GCCGCCGACAGGGCCCCCGCUACCGCCGGGGCCCCGGCCGCCUCCCGCGCCCCCUCUGCCCCCGCCCGCGUGUGCGCCCCAGCCGGGACGCCGCCCCCGGCCGGGUCUCCACUUCUCGGCCGCACCUCCCAUGACAGCGCCCGCGCGAAGAUGGCUGCGAAGGGCGCGCACGGCGCCCACCUGAAGAUGGAGAGCGAGCUGGAGCGCUGCCGCGCCGAGGGCCACUGGGACCGCAUGCCCGAGCUGGUCCGGCAGCUGCAGACGCUGGUUGUGCCCGGAGGCGGAGGCAACCGGCGAACCAGCCCGAGCGCCGUGUUCACCUCUCUGAACACCGAUGACUUUGGGAAAUUGCUCCUGGCCGAGGCCCUCCUGGAGCAGUGUUUGAAGGAGAACCAUGCCAAGAUAAAAGACUCCCUCCCUUUGCCCGAGAAGAAUGAGCCGAAGAUGAAUGAAGCCAGAAACCAUCUGAGUAGUAUCCUUAACCACGGGAGGCUGUCUGUGAGUUGACGGCGCCCUCCUCUCCUCUCUCUCCUGCCUCCCAUCUGCUGUCAGGCAGGGUCCCUGGGUCAUCUGGCCAUGUGAGCAGCAAGUCUCCCUUAGGGGUUGGCUUUGCGCUGUUCAGUACGGUAGCCAUCAGCCGCAUGUGGUUCUCAAGCAC